AUGAAAUCCAUGGUCGAUCAUCUUAUUGCGCUUCUCGAUCAUUUACAUUUGAACAAAGUUAUUGUGGUCGGACACGACUGGGGCACUGCGCCGGCGAUUCGAUUUGUGUUAUAUCAUCCCGAGCGAGCAUUGAGUCUCGUUCUCGUCAGUGUUGGUUAUCGACCACCGGCAAAAUUUAAUCUUAAUCAAGCCUUGGAAGCUUCAAAGAAAGCAUUUGGCUACGAAAAUUUCGGCUAUUGGAAAUUUUUUGAAUCCGACGAUGCAGCAACAAUUAUUCAAAACAAUGUGGAUAGCUUUAUUGAUCUUGCAUUUUCAAAUAGUCCGGAAGAACAUAAAAGUGAUUUUGCUCCGAUAGGUAAAGCUCGAGAAUGGCUGGUGAAUAGACGACGAACAACUCGAGCUUCCUAUAUGACCGAAGAUGAUUACGCGAACUUCCGUGAAAAUCUUCUUGAAGGAAUGCAACCAAAAUUGAAUUGGUACAAAGCAGCUAUCGAAAAUAUUAAUUGGGAUGAUGAGAAAAACCUCGAUCCGGUGAUUCAAUGUCCGGUUCUCUUCUUUACCGGUACAAAAGAUUUUAUGUGUCUGGCUGCCUUGUUUGCCGGUCAACAACAGUAUAUUGCUGAUUUGGAAGUGCUCGAAUUAGAAGCCGGCCAUUGGCUAAUGGAAGAAAAGCCAGACGAAGUUAAUCGAGCAAUCGAACGUUGGAUCAAACGAUUCGCUGAAAUCUAG